CAUCCAUACUUCCGCAUCGAGCUCCGUGCUGUGCUUCCAGAUCGCCUCAUCGUGUACCGCUCCGUUCCAGUUCAUAAAGAGUCAGUCAAGUACGCAGUGGUUUCGCAGAGGACCGGCACCAUCGCCGCGAAGAUCCUCGCCGCGACGAAAGUCGCCAUGAGGACCGCCAGCAUCGCAGAGAAAAACCCCGCAGAGAUGGCCGACGUGCUGCUCGCGAACUCCGCAAACAAUACGGCCACACAGGAUUCGCCAGUCAAGGCCCUGCAGGUGCUCCCCAACCACAACACCGUGCUGCAGGACGGAGUACUGCACGCCUACCACCGACCCCUUCCCGCAGGCGAGCAGAGCAAGGGCGACGACAUGGUGUCGGGCGGCGACAGAGCGGCGGCACCUAACGCGCCGGUUGGGGGCCCAGGCGCGGCGGCGCCCGCGGGCGCUCUCGAGGUGGUCGGCGACGUGGCGCCCCCCGACGACGACGGCCAGGUCGACGGCCUGGCCUUCGGUCGGCAGCCCGAUGGCGCGGCGGGAGCUGCGGAUGCUGGGUUGGGUCCUGGCGCCGCGAAGACGGGGGGGCUGUGGCGGCGGCGAUGUGCGGGGCUGCGCAGCGGCGCCAAGCACGCCGAGGUGGGCGUGCGCGCCGACGCACCACGUACUCUCUACGCGGGUCUUGCGGCCACUGGGAGGCGGCGCAACGCCCUGGCCAGCCUGCGCGGGCCCAGCCUGAUCCUGCUCCUCGCGCAAAUGCACGCGGCGAAGGACAUGCUCCUCAUGCUCGCGCUGGUGUUGUUCCCGCCCCUGCGCCUCCUAUGCGCGGCCCUCCUGUUCCUGGUCUCGCGGCUGCAUGCGCGGUGGUCUGCCAUCGGCGCCGAACAAUGGAAGGCGACGCUGGCGCGGUCGAAGGCUCAAGCUAGCGGUCGCGACGCGCGCGUGGAGGAGAAUGGCAGCGAGGUCACUGCAGCCGGUAAUGUGAGUGAUCUGGUUGAACUACGUGAGUUUCGCAAUCGCGCUGCCGAGACUGGCCUCGACGUCCGCGAUUCCGAGCGGCGCGGCCAUGCGGUCCGGAAGGCCGCCGAGGUGGCGUCUGCUAACUUCAUGUCGCGGUCGGCGCCGGCUACGGGAUGCGCGGCUGAGUCCAUCGCUAAGGCCGACGCUUUCCUGGCGGCCGGGCGCUCUCUUGAUCUGCAGGCGCUGCUGGGGCGCCUGGCGGGCUGGUCGCAGGUGCAUAUUGAGCCUCUUCACGAGCCAGCUGAAGCCUCGUGGUGGACGCAGGCGCUGGCUGGUACCUCUGAUGGCGUGGACAUGGUCCGCGAGCUGGUUGGCAAGGCCGCGCUUGUUCGCAAGCAGGCCUGGGCCCAGAUGCGCGCGUGCCUCCAGUUGCUCGUUCAUGCCGCCGGUGACAUCGUGGCGCAUACGGACUACCUCCCUUUGGUGCGGGCGCUCAGGCGUUGCCUACUGACUUUGUGCGGCGCCAGCCCCUUCGGG